AUGACGGAGGCCGACCGGGACCGCGUCGUCGCGGCCGCGCCGGAGCCGGAGGGCCGCUUCGCCGCGAUCGGCCUGGCGGCCGCGCGCCUCGAGAAGGCCGAGGCGGCGGGCGAGGCGCUGCCGCCGCCGCCGCCGGAGGCGCGGCGCGCCUUCGACUUCGACGACCUGACGUUCACGGUCGCGGACCGCGCGACGCGCGAGCCGAAGCAUCUCGUCGCGGGCGUCUCGGGCAGCGUGCGCGGCGGCGAGAUCAUGGCCGUCCUCGGCCCGUCGGGGUCCGGCAAGUCGACGCUCGUCGCCAUGCUCACCCUGCGCACGGCGACGGGCGCCGCGUCGGGCGCCGCGCGAUUCCGGGCGUCGUGUUUCGUCGUCGAGCAGCGGGACGAGCUCUGGCCCUACCUGACGUGCCGCGAGUCCAUGGCCUACGCCGCGGCGCUCUACGGCGCGCCGGGGCGGGACCCGGACGCGCACCUCGACCGCCUCGGGCUCGCGUCGUGCGCGGACACGCUAGUGGGCACGCACUUCCAGCCCGGCCUGAGCGGGGGCCAGAAGCGGCGCCUGUCCAUCGCGCUGGCCCUCGUGAAGCGCGCGAAAUGCCUGCUGCUGGACGAGCCGACGUCGGGCCUCGACGCCGCCGCGGCCUACAACGUCGUGACGUUCCUCCGCGAGCUCGCCAAGGCCGACAAGCUGUACGUCGUGUCGACGAUCCACCAGCCGAGCGCGCGCGUCUUCGCGCACUUCUCGUCCGUGCUGCUGCUGUCCAAGGGCCGCACGGCCUACUGCGGCCCGGCGGACGCCUGCCUCGCCCACUUCGAGGCCCUGGGCCACGCCGUGCCGCCCCACACGUCCGUCGCGGAGUUCUUAUUGGACGCGGUGAACGCGGACUUCACGGACGACGCCAAGGUCGACGCGAUUUUGGACGCGUGGGCGCCCGUCGAGGAGGACCGGGGGCCCGCGAAGGUCGACGGCGACGCGGCGCCGCCGCCGCCGGCGCAGCUCGCGGUCUGCCUCCGGCGCCAGUGCCUCCUGAUCCGCCGCGACCCCAUCCUCCUCGUGGUCCGGGCCGUCGCGCUCUUCGCCGGCAACCUCUACUUCUCCAUCGUCUACAUCCAGGCGCGGCGGCGCCACCAGGACCAGGUGCAGAACCGCAUGAUGGCGGCGCUGUGGCUCCUCGUGUACCCGACGGAGGCGUCGGUCCGCGCGGCAUUCGACGACUGGUCCCGACCAAACUUCAAGACUCUCGAGCUCGGUCAAAUCGAUUCGGCUCAUUCUUGGACGAGAGCUUUUCUCUCAUCGAGCUCUCCACGAAGAGCACGGAAACCUUUGUCGAAACGGUUCGAUGCGCACAUUGAAGUCGGAUUGAAGAUGUGA